AUGGGUCGAAUUGCGAAUAUUUUUCAUAGUAUAAAGCCGCCAUUGUUAAUGGUAUUGGUACAGAUCAUAUUUGCUGGUGUUAAUGUAAUGUAUAAGUUGGCUGCAGAUGAUGGGAUGAGUUUAAGGCUUAUUGUGGUUUAUAGAUUCAUGUUCGCCACUGUUAUCAUGGUUCCGCUUGCUCUUAUUUUUGAAAGGAAGAGCUUGAAGAAAAUUAAUAGAAAAGUACUGCUUCAAGCGUUUCUUUGUGGAUUAUUUGGAGGAUCAUUGGGUCAAAACUUGUACCUGCAAAGCUUGGUGCAUACAUCUGCAACAUUUGUUGCAGCCAUGAUCAACCUUGCUCCAGCCUUUACUUUUAUUUUGGCCAUUUGUUUCAAGAUGGAGAAACUAGCAAUAAGAACAAAUGCAGGGAAAGCCAAAGUGUGUGGGACAUUAAUAGGAAUAGGUGGAGCAAUGGUAUUCACAUUUUACAAAGGUAUAGACAUAAACAUCUGGUCAACAAAUGUUAACCUUUUAAAGCAUCAUCAUCAUCAACAAGUAGGUCCUGGACCUUCAUAUCAUGGCACUGGUCACUUCAUUAUCGGUGCUUUUUUCGGUCUUUUGAGUUGCAUUUCUUUCUCUUUGUGGUUGAUCAAUCAGGCUAAAAUGAGUGUGGGGUUCCCUUACUUGUAUUCAAGCACUGCUUUGAUGUGUUUGAUGGGAUCAAUACAAGGAGCUUUAUACGCAGUUUGUACUGUGAGAGAUUGGAAUCAAUGGAAGCUUGGGUGGAAUGUUAGGCUUUUAGCUGUUGUUUUUGUGGGAAUUAUGGGAUCUGCUUUGUUGGUGUUUUUGGUAUCAUGGGCUGUUAGGUUGAAGGGACCAUUGUAUGCAGCUAUAUUCAAUCCAUUGGGGCUUGUGUUUGUUGCUAUUGUGGGAUCUUUGUUACUCGAUGAAAAGUUGCAUUUAGGAAGUAUCAUAGGGGGAUUAAUGAUAGUAUGUGGAGUAUAUGUGGUGCUAUGGGGCAAAGCCAAAGAGAUGAAGCAAAAAACACAGUUAGUACCAGUACCAAAAGUAGAUGAAGAAUCAAAUGAAAUAGAAGAAGAUAAACAAAGUGAAAAUAAAGAAACUGAUGAAGAACAAGAGCAUGAAGGAACUGAAACUCCACCUGUAAUAAUUUUAGCUUAA